AUCAUGACGCUGCCAACGUUGCGGACGCUUCCGCAAUGGCAGCGAUGCGUGCAGUUUCGCAGUAUGACUAGUAUGACUCAUUGAUAAGUUUUGCGAGGCGAACGAUAACCUCCUUGGAGAGGGGCGAUGAGACAGCAAACAGGUGUACGAUCCGCAGGCAGUGUGGUGCAACUAGGCUGUCGCUCUCAAGAGUGAAGAUCAGUGGUGGCAUAAGGUCUGCUAAAGUGCUUGUGCAUCAGCGAGUGUCAAACAUUACGAUUGAGGAUGGAGUUCCCAGAGUUAGGACAGCAUUGCUCUGAGAGUUCCUGCAAGAGGCUAGAUUUUCUGCCAGUGAAGUGCGACGCCUGCAGACAGAUUUACUGCAAGGACCACUUCCAGUACCAAAAUCACAGCUGUACCGUUGGCCUUAGCAAAGAUGUCCAGGUGCCUGUGUGCCCACUCUGUAAUAGCCCAGUACCGAGCAAGCGAGGUGACCUACCUGAUGUAGCUGUAAGCAGCCAUAUUGACCGUGACUGCCAGUCAGAUCCGGCACAAGCAAAGCGCAAGGCAUAUGUCAAUCGUUGCUCCAUGAAGGGUUGCAAGCAGAAAGAACUGAUUCCUCUGAAGUGCACACAUUGCAGCCUCAACCACUGUUUGAAGCACAGGUUUCCAGAUGACCAUAACUGCACAGGAAAGGGAAUGUCCCCCUCAGGUGCUGCCGCAGUGGCCAGACUUCAGCAGAAAGCCUCCAGCCCUGUGGUCAAACGAGUGGCCGCAGCGUCUACGUGCGGAGCACAAAGCCAGCGAGCUAGUGUGUCUCACCUGCAGACAGAAGAUGAAGCCUUGGCAUGGGCUCUGCAGCAGUCUCUGUAUGAAGCGGAACUUCAGGGCCACAGCACUGACGAACAUGGACGGCGGAGAAGGACAUCAAGGCAAAAGUCCAACAAGAGCUGCUUUGUCUCCUAGUCGACAUGCCUCUUCGACAUGCAGUGUGGCCACCGCUGCACCCUCCGUCCAGUGGCCUCAAUAUUCUGCACUUGUUGGGCUCUGAAAAAUUGUGUGCCUUUCGCCACUCUUAUUUUUAUUGCUUUUUUUUUUUCCCCCAGCAGAUUGCUGGACAUUCCCAAUUAUCUUGCUAUAUAUUAAUGGCAUAUUUGACUGGUCAUUUUGAGAGCACUCUGGCAGUACUGCUAAGGUUGAGUAAAACAGCCUUAAUUUUUUUUUUUAAUUAAUUGAGAGCAAGUAGGUCAAAUACCAUGUAAUUGGGCUUCAUUAUCACCGUGUCAAGCCACUUGUUUGCCAUCAUACACAGCCAUUAGAGCUUUGCCAGGUGGCUCCGAAAUUACCAGUCGAACAUGGCAUAAGUUACCACACUCCAAGAGAGCCAUCUUUGUUUUUAAAAGUCUUUAUUAUUGAAAUAAAAAGCUGAAUGUGUCUUC